AUGAUAGAGGAAAAGACGACAUUUUCCAGACAAUUAUCAGCUAUGUCGUCUUCAUCGUCAUCUGAUUCUGAUCUUAAACGCCGAAAUCGAACAACAUUCACUGCAUGGCAGUUAGCCGUAUUGGAAGCAGAGUUUCAAAAACAACAAUACUUGGUAGGAAGUGACAGAGAGAGACUCGCGCAUCAGCUUCAGAUUGGAAUUUCGCAGAUCAAGGUUUGGUUUCAAAAUAGACGGAUUAGAUGGAGAAAGGAGCAACGAAAGCUCGCGGUGCUGCUCUCUGAUGCUCUCAAGCCGUCGUAG